AAAGGCCAGAUGGUAGCAUUAUGGCCAACUAUACUUACAACAAAUUAACAAAACACUGCAGGGUACAUUGUAGUCAAAAUGAUAAACCGUCUCUGGUCAUAAUUGGCAACCAGAUAUAAAAACCAUAACUCCUUGUUUUGUUGUAAGGGAUUACCUGGAUGAGCAGGAUUCUUAUAGUUUCCUCAUAUCUAUAUUCACAUGAGAAAACAUUAAAGGAAAUCAAUUAAUAUCAAACUGCUCUCUUCUAAACCUGUAAAUAUGAGUGUUAACAGCAGGCUAUUCUCUAAGGAGAAUAAAUUUGCUUAUUCUAUAGCAGCUUCUGGUUUUAAAGCUCAUGACAUAUUGUACACACUGUAUGCAUCUGUUUACGCUGAUCCUGGUAUCUCAUUGCCCAGUGGGCCCUUUGACUUGGCAGAAGCUGUUGAGUGGGUGGUGUAGCCCCUCGGCAAAACAGGAUUAUCAAAUAUACAUUACAGGCUUUUCAGGGCCCCAGUGUGAAAGCUUAGGCUCCUGUGUGUUAAUUGCUGGCCUCGCUGUGCUCUGUAAUUUCAUGCUUGAUGUGAACAUUUGUCUUUCACGCUACAAAGGAUCUGGAUACAUUAUGUGUACAAAUGGAAGAAUGAGCUAAGAUAUGCUGUACCAGCCAACAGACCCUUAAACACCCCUAAUUUUGACACUUUUGUAAACACACCACACAGCCUUGUUUUUUUACUGUAAAUAGGGCUUCAGGGGCCUUAAAAACAAUAUAGACUGAUUUGAAAAUGGUCUGGAUAAUGACCCUGUUGGCUGAGGGAGUCAUUUAGGGCCAAAUUGCUGCUUGUGUUGGGCUUCAGUCCGUAAUUAGGUCAGAAUGCAAAUGCUCAUAUUGUGAUGUUGGCCCACGAGGACCAGCACAGCUCCAGCCUCAGUGUUUAGAGUGUAUCCAUGUGUGUCAGAGUGACUCAUUGAGCCCCUCUAGUGCUGUUCAGCUGUGAGGAGAGAGAGAGCACUGGGGGCUGAGCUCAUUCACAACCUUGCGCUCUUAUCAAAACAUGUUUAUUGCACUGUAAUGUGGCACCCUGUUUAUGCAGCAUUUAGCUCUAUGAAAUCGUCACUGCUGCAGGCCUGAGUGCUGCUCCAGGACCCUGGCGGAGAGAGGCAGGGAGCUGUGAGGCUGUCUUGACCUCAGGCUCACCCUCUAACCCUCUCACAUGAAGUCACCCUACCUCAAUUUCUUCCUCCUGCUUUUUCCUACUUUAUUAACCCCCCCUCUACGUCUGUCCACCUCCAUUUCCUCCCUCAUGUUGCCUCUCCCUUACCUUUCGUUUUUAGUAAUCAUUAGCUGAUGUUAGGAACAGAGAGGAGGUGUAAUUAAGGAGCCAGACUGGUCUGUCAAUUCUGCUCAGCGCUACAUGAGGAGCACCAGACCAAGCGAUAGCCCUAAUAGGGCUUCAUACUGUAAACAACACGCACACCUGGACAGCAGCAGGCCCCGGGGAGAAAACAGGAGAGAGCCACUGUCUGCAAAGAAAGUCAGUAUGCUGUCAGCAUUGAUCGCUCCCUUCAAGUACAUAAGCCCUGGGACCAGCAGCACAGAGGACGAGGACAGUUUAAGUACCAGCAGUGCAGAGGUGAAGGAAAACCGUAAUAUCGGUAACUUAGAGGAUCGCUCCAUAGGAUCUGCAGAGUGCCAAUCCAUUUUCUGCUCCGACUCUACAAGAAGCGGGAGCUCUGGUCUGAAGAGGAAACGGCCACUGGAGGAAGACAAUAACGGGCACCUGUGCCAACUCCGUCUCAUCUAUAAGAAACUAUCCUGGUCUGAGGCACCAAAGAAUGCUUUGGUACAGCUGAAUGAGCUCCGGCCAGGUCUGCAGUACCGCAUGGUGUCUCAGACAGGCCCAGUCCACGCUCCUGUCUUCUCCAUCGCUGUGGAGGUUAAUGGGCUGACCUUCGAGGGCACAGGCCCCACAAAAAAGAAAGCUAAAAUGAGGGCAGCAGAACUGGCCCUCAAGUCCUUCAUCCAGUUCCCCAACGCUCCUCAGGCCCACCUAGCCAUGGGAAACAUCUCAAACCCUUCGGCCGACUUCACCUCGGACCAGGCUGACUUUCCUGACACGCUCUUCAAGGAAUUUGAGUCUUCGCCGUGUUCUGAUGGCCUCUCACUCUGCAACUCAGCAGCAGAGAGCGAGCUACUAUCGAGUGAGCUACUGAGACAUGGACGGUUGCUUCGCCAUACCUUGGACCUGAUGGUACAGGCUCAGCAAAGGCUGGGUGGGAUUGUUCCAGAGCCCGAUGCCCCCAAAAGCCCUGUGGCAAUGCUCAAUGAACUCCGUCCGGGCCUGCGCUAUGCCUGUCUUUCCGAGCAAGCUGAGGGCCGGCGGCUGCGUAGCUUUGUGAUGGCAGUGCGGGUGGACGGGCGGAUAUUCGAGGGCUGUGGUCGCAGCAAGAAACUGGCAAAGACCCAGGCGGCCCAGUGUGCUCUUCAGGCCCUCUUCAACAUCAGGACAGCCCCUGAAGGGAGAACAGGACUCAAAGCCAGCAGGAAGAGUUGUCCUCAUUUACCCCAGGAAUUUGCCGAUUCAAUAUUCCACUUGGUGAGGGAGAAGUACCGGUCGCUGGUGGGUGGCUGCAGUCCUGCGCACGCUCGACACAAAUCCCUGGCAGGCAUCGUAAUGACCCGAGGUCUGGACCUGAGGCACGCCCAGGUGGUGGCGUUAUCCACGGGCACCAAGUGUAUCAACGGGGAGUAUCUGAGUGACCAGGGACAAGUCGUCAAUGACUGUCACGCUGAAGUCACGGCCCGCAGAUCACUGCUACGCUUCCUCUACUCUCAACUUGAACUCUUCUUGAGUAAAAGGCCAGAAGACUGGGAGGAGUCGAUAUUCGUGCGGCACAAGGAGUGCAGCUACAGGUUAAGAGACAACAUCCAUUUCCACAUGUACAUCAGUACCUCACCGUGUGGGGACGGGAGACUCAACUCGCCCUACGAAAUCACCACUGACCUACACAGCAGCAGACACCUCAUGAGGAAGCACCGCAGCCACCUGCGGACCAAAAUCGAGUCAGGCGAGGGGACGGUGCCGGUGCGGUCUCGGGGGCCCGUCCAGACCUGGGAUGGUGUUUUACAGGGCGAGCAGCUCAUCACCAUGUCCUGCACCGACAAGAUCACCAGAUGGAACAUCCUGGGCCUGCAGGGGGCAUUGCUGAGCCACUUUGUGGAGCCGGUGUACCUGCAGAGCGUGACCGUAGGCAGCCUGCGCCACACAGGCCAUCUGGGCAGAGUUCUGAACCAGCGGCAGGAGCGUCUGGGCCCGCUGCCUGCCACAUACAGACGCAACCAGCCCCUGCUCAGCGGGUUGAGCUGCGCUGAGUAUCAGCAGUCAGGGAAGGCCUCGUGUGUGAGUGUUAACUGGACGCUGGGCGACUCACAGUUGGAGGUGGUCAACACCGCCACGGGACGGAGACGGGACUCAGGGACACCCUCGCGUCUCUGCAAGCACGCCCUGUUUACCCGCUGGAGCAGACUUUUCCGUAAGGAAUUUAGAUGAGGCGACCAAACCGCCACCAGCAUGGCUCAGUCAGCAGUAAAAUCUGAGUAGUGAGAGUGACAUCUAGUGGUGUUUUUCUGUUUCUGUGGCCUCUGCUCCCUCUGAGCCCCCCCCUACGUUCUUGGCAGCAUUACCAGUGAGGAUACAAUAUCAAUCCAACUGUAGAAUAAGAUCAGUGUGAGUUAAAAGAUGAUGUGACACACAGACAGAUUUACACAGGAACUGAUCAUUUGACCCACGUGUGACCUGCAUCUGCAUGUGUCUCUUGACCAAAAACAAAAGGAUAUCGACCAGUUAGUAUUGCUAUAUUAGAUGUUCUUUGUUUCUCAAAGUCUCAGAGUUUGCCGUCCACUAAAAAGAUAUGAGUGGGUGGGUCCGUCUUUUUAAAGAUGCAGCACUAAAAAUAUUUCAGCAUCCUGUGUUUCAGUGGAGUAGGAGUGAAAAUUCAUCAGAUACAAAGUAAAACCACUGCCAGAUUUAACAUUAACAAUAGCACUAGAUACAGUUUAUUAUCAAAAGCGGCUAAUGUACAAAUGUAUCAAAUAUUAGGCUUUUUUUUUUCUAUUCUGGUAAUCACUUAAUUACAUGCAUGUUAGAACAAAAGACCAUUUACGUUAUAAAUAAAUGUUUGCUCUGAAUAAUGAGAGUAAACUAAAAAGAGUGUCCAUGUGCCCAGAACGUGAUCUAACAUGAGACAGAUCCUUUUUUUCCUCAUUUUUGGUAUUGAUCCUGUUAUUGAGUCUCAAAAAAAGAUGGUAUUGGUGGUAUCAAUAUUUUAGGUUUUGGCCCACCCCCUCAUUCUUUGAGUUUUUAUGUCCCAUGAUGGCCUACAUGCCAUUUCAGAGGCUUUUUUGUUGGGAUAAGAGCAAAAUUCUGCAAGAUAUUUACUUUUUAUGUCAUGAAAAUGACAAAAUACAAAGAUAUUGACACAGUGUUCUGUGUGCUAGUGGCAGCUUUAAUAAAAAAAAAUCUUGAAACUUUUUAGGAACUCAUCAGUUUGUUUACACCUGAAAAUCCUAAAUCUUUUCUCCCACAGUGGCAGAGAUCAGAUUUUGUGUAAAUCUCGUGUGUGUAUCAGAACCAGAGGGUGUAUGUUUGUCUUUCAUCUAUAUGUGGUGCAGAGUUUUAUCAUUUGGGCGUCAUCCUAACGUCAGACUUGACAUUGUUUAUCGACACAUUUCUCAUUGCUUCACAUCACAUCUUGGGAGUGGCUGUAUUAGCCGUCCCUGGUUACGAGAACACCUUGUGUCCUCGGCACCCAUGACAACAGAUUUGCAGAUUUAUUUUGAGAGAUAAUAAAUAUAAGGCAUGUCUGAAUGGCAAUAUUGUAUCUAUGAGUUUACAUAUGUAAAAAAAAAAUGUACAAAAGAUGUUGACAAAGAUGUGAAAGAGAUCCUAAAAUGUCUAAUUAUGAUGUAAAUUAAAGUAUAUGAAUAAUUGCUGCUAAGGUCUGUAAAUUGCACUUCAGUAACAAAUAAAAGUGAAUGUUUGUACUGUAUAUGUGAAUAAAACCACAAAAUCUUGUAAUUUUA